UUUCUAUAUGUAGGCUCUACCCACAAACCCAGCCAAACAGUACAGAAGAGAGAUAUCAUGGGGAACUGCAUACGUGCCUGCUUUAACUGGUUAAGAAGUGUUCUGGGUCGGACUGAAACCCCGGAUGAAGCCCAUCAGAAGAGGUCUGAGCUUAAACAGAAAGAAGAUGAACUAGAAUCACUUAAUAAAAGCAGAUUGACCCAGAUGGAAACAUCCCAUGAAAAGGAGCUGGAGGAGAUGAGGUCUGAGCUUAAACAGAAAGAAGAUGAACUAGAAUCACUUAAUAAAAGAUUGACCCAGAUGGAAACAUCCCAUGAAAAGGAGCUGGAGGAGAUGAGAACUAAUUUCAGAAAGAAAGAGGAGGAACUUGAAUCCUUAAACAGAAGGUCUGAGCUUAAACAGAAAGAAGAUGAACUAGAAUCACUUAAUAAAAGCAGAUUGACCCAGAUGGAAACAUCCCAUGAAAAGGAGCUGGAGGAGAUGAGAACUAAUUUCAGAAAGAAAGAGGAGGAACUUGAAUCCUUAAACAGAAGGUCUGAGCUUAAACAGAAAGAAGAUGAACUAGAAUCACUUAAUAAAAGCAGAUUGACCCAGAUGAAAACAUCCCAUGAAAAGGAGCUGGAGGAGAUGAGAACUAAUUUCAGAAAGAAAGAGGAGGAACUUGAAUCCUUAAACAGAAGACUGCAGGAAGCACCAGCUUUGAGAUCGAGUCUCCAGCAUUGUAAACCACAAGGAUGUGAACAUAAACAAAGUUUGACACAAUUGGAAUUUUUUUACAAAAAGACGAUAAAUGAGGCUCGCUCUGCUGCUGCCCAAAAAGAAAAAGAAUUGAAAUCUCUCAAAGACAGACUGGCAGCACAGGUGGCCAUUUCCCUUAAAACAGGAAACACUGAGAGCAUGAACAACCCGGUCAGUAAAACCAGACUGACUGAGAUGUACGACAACCUGAAGCUGCUGCAGUGGCCGAACAUCAAAGAUCGGCUGAAGUCCAGGAAGAUCGGGCCAAAGGAGGCCAAAGACCUGAUCCAGAGAACCUUUGGAGAUGCAGCAGAAGAAAUGAAGAGAAGGAAGCAGCAGAUAGAGGAGAUGUUCCAGGAGACCAGCUCCAGCAGUGGACCGACUCCUCAGAAGGUCAAAGAGUACAGACAGCUGACAGUUCAGAACCUGCAGAUGGCGCUGUUCCACACCAGCAAAGAAGAUCUUUUUAAGACUGGUUUCCUGGAACAUGGAGGUCAGUUUCCAGGGGAAGUGAAGGAGGAUCUCAGACUUCUGGCCUCUGAAUGCUACUGGCUGGGCUGCUUGAUGGCUUUAAACAUUCCUCCUCUUCAGCCUGACUGGAAGAACCACUUUCCUGGGUUUGACUCCUGGGAUAUCUUUCCUCGAGACAUCCAACCGUUUGUCCUGUAGAGGAAGCAGAUGCACCACUGCAGAGAACACAUUCUGACAUCAUUUUAUCAUAACUAAUUGUUUUAACUUGUAGUUGUGUUCAUUUUGGGUUUUCUUUGGCUUUAUAAGUAUCAUAGUGACAGAAUGAAGAAAAAAACAAAUAUUAUGGGGAUUAUUUUAAGCUUAAAACUGAUCCUGCAGGGAAACAUAACUUUUUUUUUCCACCCUGAAAAACACACCCACUACUGAAAAACACAAUAACAGAGAAAUACAUCCAUUGUAUCAUUAUGUGGUUAAACGUACUGCCUUGCAGGAAGAAGGUCUCAGCUCAGGAUUUCACAUCGUCUCCUGUUUUGUCCAGGUCAAAAACAUGACCGUUAAUGAUGAAUGAAAAAUCCUCAUGUCGUGGCAAAAAGUAUUCAACUAUUCCCCCCAGUUAAAUAAACUCAAUGGAUUUCACUCAGUCUGCACUUUAUUUUAUCUUUGUAAAGUGACAUCAUUUCCU